AUGAACAAUAUCUCUAAAACAAACCAGGGAUAUUCCUUUGACAGUCGCCAGCGCAUCGAGGGAAGGGGAAGAAAAAAAAAAUCCAACUCUCUCACGUGGCUCUCAGGUUUGAGCAUACGAAAAAGCCGUCAUGUGAAGAGGAGCAAGAAGGAGAAGACGAGAGGCUGGAGAGGACGAGGUGGCCAAAUGACUUCGGCUGCAAUGAUGAUGAUGAUGAUGGGGGAUAACGAGCUGGACCGCAGCGUUUCGUUUGCUCCUCGUUCUGCUCUCAUAUUCUCUUCAGGCUCACUUUUUCUCUCGGACGAUAAGGCCGAGAAACGACGGUUCUUCAACGCAGGGAAAAGCAAAGAAAGGGGAAAAAGCACACACAGAGCAGCCUGA